CAUCAGCACGGCAAGAUGAAGCUGUGUCUCAUCAGCCUGUAUCUUUAUGUGCUCUCAACUUGGAGUGUUAAGUUGAACACAGUAAAUGUCAGACAAACUGCAGACUUUGAUGUCUUUGAAGGAGAAGCUGUGGACAUCAGCUGCUGCUGGACAGGGGGGAGCAGAGUGAGAGUGACCUGGUUCAAAAAUCAAACAACACUCAAAAAUGAUUCAUUUUUGACAAAUCCGCAUCAAGAAACUCAAAAAGAUGAGAUGGAAAAAUGUUCAUUCUGGAACUUUGACAGCAUCAAAAAACAGGAUUCAGGCAGAUACGACUGUGAAAUUUUCAUUGAGAUACCUGAAUUAACAAAAGUCAGGGGAAACGGCACAAUCAUCACCGUGAGAACCAGAGAGAACCAAACUGUCACAACAACAGAUCCAGCUCCACCCAGCAGACCCUCCAACAUCCUGCAGACCAUCAGCCUUCCUGUGGUGUUGCUUCUGUUCUUCAUCUCCAUCUCCUUCUUCCUCUUCCUUCACGAACCAAGAAACCACGCUCUCACAACCACAGUCAUCUACACCGGAAGUGCAGGCGGCGGCGUGCAGCCCCGGAGAGGCCGUUCUCAGCGGGAGUCUCAGUUAAUUUCACUGAUCUGCUAUAACAGAGAUGAGACCAAAGGAAGUGGAUCAAGAUCUGCUGCAGUCUCAUCAUCUCAACGAGAAACAAUCCGGAACCUUUAGCAUCUUAGUAAAUGUGACAAAUUUGUCUGAUAUUUGCAUUUCUGUGAGACUACAAAACCAGCUGCAGUUGGUUUCAAAGUAAGAGCUUUAGCAUCACACAUGACUAAAGUGAACCUGGGAGAAGAGCGGGAGGUUUUUUCAGCCUGUGGCAGGAAGAGGAAAGAAAUGAUAAAAAAGUUGCAGAAAUAUUUUAGAUCAACUUCUGAAUUACAAUCAACCAGAGGCCCUUGAGCCACCUGCAGCUCUCUAAUCCGUCCAUUGUGACUCCAAAAGGCAAAUAAUUUGAAUAACCAGUGAGUGAAUAUGUCAACAUACACUUGUAAAUAAUGCCAGCAGGUCAAGUAUCCAAUAGAGUGCUUGUGACAAAGUGUGAUGCUUCAUGAUUUAGAUCAGUGAAGAUUAUUAUUGCAUUAAAAAUGCCAUGAUCCCCCCAGUUGAUUAAUAUUGAUAUAAUUUAUUAAUUUUUGGUCAAAACUAGUAGGAACCAAGAUACAGAUAUGUUUAUGAUGGUAAAUGAAAGGUCCAUAUUCUGUAGAUAGUCCAUGAUGACUCCAAAGUUGGUAUUCAGUCUUCUGCUGUCAAAUUAUCAACUUUACUUCUGAUUCUGUACUGCAGGCUUUCUUCACGAUAGAAUGAACUUUUUAAU